GAAUGUGAAAAGUCCAGGGGUGUGAAUACUUUCUGACGGCACUGUAGUUUCACAGAGAAAAGAUGACCAAUACAACUAUGCAAUGCAAGAUGGCCAGUUUUGUAACAUUAUAUGUAUUUCAUACAUAAAAUUGUGAACAUUUGUGAAAUAGAAUUCACGGGGAAGGAAUAUGCCGAAUAUGUCCCAAAUUGCACCUUAUUCCCUAUAUAGUUACUACUUUUGACCAGGGCCCAUAGCUCUGGUAGUGCACAGGGAAUAGGGAGCUAUAAUCUAUAUAUGUACUACUUUUGACCAAGGCCCAUAGCUCUGGUAGUGCACAGGGAAUAGGGAGCUAUAAUCUAUAUAUUUACUACUUUUGACCAGGGCCCAUAGCUCUGGUAGUGCACAGGGAAUAGGGAGCUAUAAUCUAUAUAGUUACUACUUUUGACCAGGGCCCAUAGCUCUGGUAGUGCACAGGGAAUAGGGAGCUAUAAUAUAUAUAUUUACUACUUUUGACCAGGGCCCAUAGCUCUGGUAGUGCACAGGGAAUAGGGAGCUAUAAUCUAUAUAUUUACUACUUUUGACCAGGGCCCAUAGCUCUGGUAGUGCACAGGGAAUAGGGAGCUAUAAUCUAUAUAUUUACUACUUUUGACCAGGGCCCAUAGCUCUGGUAGUGCACAGGGAAUAGGGAGCUAUAAUCUAUAUAGUUACUACUUUUGACCAGGGCCCAUAGCUCUGGUAGUGCACAGGGAAUAGGGAGCUAUAAUAUAUAUAUUUACUACUUUUGACCAGGGCCCAUAGCUCUGGUAGUGCACAGGGAAUAGGGAGCUAUAAUCUAUAUAUUUACUACUUUUGACCAGGGCCCAUAGCUCUGGUAGUGCACAGGGAAUAGGGAGCUAUAAUCUAUAUAUUUACUACUUUUGACCAGGGCCCAUAGCUCUGGUAGUGCACAUGGAAUAGGGAGCUAUAAUAUAUAUAUUUCAACCCUUCCUGAUCUAUUUUACUGAUGCUAUUCCUUUCUCUCACUCGUCUGGAGUGGAUCCCUGUACCUCGUCCUGUCUGAGAUGUCUCCUGUGUUUCCAUGCUGAUGUUUGUGUGUACCAUGACAACAGAGGCUAGCGCGGUGGGUGAGGCGGACACAGAGGGCAAGCCGAAGCCCAGCGUAGCAGAGGCAGAGAGAAAACCGGAGAACAAGCAGAGCUCAGAGGCAGAGAUACAACUGGAGAACAAGCAGAGCCCAGAGGCAGCAGCAGCGGAGCCAGAGGGGGAGAAGCCCAGCCAGAAGACCCAGGAGCAGGCCUCAGAGCCUGGCUCCACAGAGAGCCCCAUCUUCCCCACCACCACCACCACCACUGAGGAGGAGCAGCUAGUGAAGCCCCGCCAGCGCACCUCAGCCAGCCGGGGCCUCUCACGCCUCUUCUCCUCCUUCCUCAAGCGGCGCUCACAGUGCACAGACGUAGAGUGGGCCGAGGUCGAGAAGGCGGAGAAGGACAGGAAAGAGAAGGCAGAGGCUGGAACAAAGGAGGAAAAGUUAGAGCAGGCCAAGGGGGAGGAGAAGAAAGAGGAGGAAGAAGCAGCAGAGAAGAAGAAAGAGGAGGAAGAAGCAGCAAAGAAAGCAGAGAAGAAGAAGAAGAAAGAGGAGGAAGAAGCAGCAAAGAAAGCAGAGAAGAAGAAAGAGGAGGAAGAAGCAGCAAAGAAAGCAGAGAAGAAGAAGAAGAAAGAGGAGGAAGAAGCAGCAAAGAAAGAGGCAGUGAAGAAGAAGAAAGAAGAGAAAGAGGGGAAGAAGAAAGAGAAAGAAAAUAAAGAGGAGGAGAAGGGGAAGAAGAACGAGGCGAAUAAAGAGGUAAAGAAGAACGAGGAGAAUAAAGAGGUAAAGAAGAAAAAGCGGAAGGGCAAAAAGAAAGCAGGGGAGCAGUCCACAACAGAGGUGCAGGUGAAAGCCCCCAUCGCGGCCCCGGAGCCAGAGCUCAGAGCAGAGGCGGAGGGGGAGGCUGAACAGGAGAGGCAGGAGGAGCCGGUAGAGGCCCAGGACCAUCACUCCAUCAGCAGCACAGAGACACAGGUGAGUGAGGGAGACAGACACAGUGAACUUCUCACCUAG